AUGUCAGAUGCGGACAAGGUAGAGAAAUUCUCCGAUUUCUCAAAUGUCCAAUACUCCAGACCCGAAUUUUCAGAUGCGGAGGAUGAUCCUGGAAAGGAUGAAUAUGAAGGCGGAUACACACAACAAACACUAAUGAGAGUGCCUCCAGCAUCUACACCAUCACAGCCACUUUCAAAGAAAGACAAGAAGAAGUUGAAAAAGCAAAAAGAGAAGGCCGUUGCAACUGCAGAAGCUGCCUUUGUGCCACCUCCAGCACCAGACCCUCCAGCAGCUCCAGCAGAUGAUGAAUCCCCAGCAGCCACAACGUCCGGCAAGAAGAAGAGCAAGAAGAGCAAGAAGAAGGAAAAGGAGUCCAAGUAUCUUCCAGUUCCUCCUCCUGUGCCAGUUCCCCCACCUCCAACUGUCGAGGAGAGCAAGGAGGCGGGGAAGGUAGAGGAGGAAGCAAAGGAGGAGACUGAAGGACCUGAAUUGACUGGAACACAGGACACGGCCAAUAACGAAGACUCACCAGCUGUAGGACAAGAGGUUGCCGAGACAGAGACAACAUCAGAAGAUGUGGCGUCGAAGAAGAACGAGGAGAAGGAGGAGGCACCCAAGGACACUGACGGCAAGGAGACACCCAAGGUACAAACAUCCCCUGAGGAGGCAUUCCAAAGGGAGGACCCUCCUUCGACCGAAAUAUCAGCUGCUGAGGCUGAAGAGACACCCAUCAAAGAGGAAGCUCCAGCCCAAGAAGGCGCAAUCAAGGAAGAGGGAGAGGUGCCCCAACCAGAAGGCCCCUCAGACGAUACGGCAAAUGAUGAACCGGCAGGCGAAGAAAGCAUUUCGAGUGAGAAGUCCGCAGUUGAUACCCCCGAGCCAAAAGACCCUGCGAUUGAUACACCAGAGGAUGAUGCUCCAACUGCAGGCGAAGUAUCAGUCAAAGAAGAUGCACAUGCUCCAGAGGAAGCUUCUGAAGAGCCCGCACUAGCAGAGAAGGCUACAGAAGACUCGUCUGUAACGGAACUCCCCAAGGAAGAUUUUCUGGCGACUGAGGAAACGCCUUCCACAGAGGAGGCUCCUACCGGUGAAGAGUCUCCAGCUAAGGACCAAACUUCAGUUGAGCCAGAAACAUCCGGGACGUCGGAGAAGGAUGGCGAUGGUGAUGACAAGCUUGCAGCUGCCGCCGAAAUAAAGCCUCUGAAUAAAAGUCAGAAGAAGAAGAAGAAAGAGAAGGAAAAGAAAGAGAAAGAGAGAGAGGAGAAGAAGAAGGCAGCUACAAAAGCCGAAAAAUCUCAUCAUCACAAGUCCAGGCACUCACAUUCAUCGAAAGACGCGAACAAUUCCAAGGACGAUACGCCUGACUCACCAAAAGCCACAGAGGAUGAACAAGGGAAGAAAAGCAGCACAGCUGAUCCGGCCGAGAAGAACAACGACGCUGAACUUGGAGUUGAUUCUAAACUUGCUGAUGAGACUCCCUCCUCCCUCGAAGAGGUAGCACUGGUUCAAGGAGCGAAGUCCGGAGAGGAGCCUGAGUCUUCUGAGGAUGCGAAGACCGCAGAAGAGGUUUCAUCAACAGAAGAAGUUAAGCCUAAAGAUGAAGCUCCAGCGGAGGAUUCGAACCCUACAGAAGAAACACAAGUCAGUGAGCCAACGCCAAUAGAAGAAACCUCGACAGCAGAAGCGAAGUCUGCAGAAGAGGCUUCCCCCACGGAGGGUGUAAAACCUCCGGAUGAAGCUUCGGUGGAAGAUCCAAAAUCAACACAGGAGAUCUUAACAGAAGAAGUCAAGUCUACAGAAGAAGCUUCCUCAACAGAGGAAGUAAAGCCUACGGAUAACCCUUCAGUGGAAGAUUCAGAACCAACAGAGGAAAUCUCAACAGAAGAAGCCAAGUCUGCAGAAGAAGCUCCUGUGGAAGAUCUAAAACCUAAAGAGGACACCUCAACAGAAGAGGUGAAGGUUGCGGAAGAAGUCAAGUCUGCAGAGGAAGAAGUAAAUCCUGUAGUCGGAGGUUCAGACGAAGAACCAAAGCUCACGGAAGAGACCCAAGCAGAAGAAGCGAACCUUGAGCAGAACUCAAAGCACACCGAUGAGAGCCGGACAGGAGAAAAAGUUGCGGAAUCCGAAAUAGAACAUGGACCUGCAGAAGACACACCCUCCUCUUCUGAAGAUCUGGCACCUGCUAAAGAAUCAACAACUGAAGGAGACUCAAAGCCUGAAGCCAGCGAAAUUCCACCAGAGAACCAAGCCUUGCAACCCGAGGUUGAGCCCCAGCCUGCGAACGAGACAUCAUCUUCGCUUCCGCUUCCGCCCUCAGAUUCUGAGCUAGAUCGGACAGGGGAAGCUUCAGCCGAAGAGGAGGGACCAGAUCCAGAUCCUACUCCUGCGCUGCCUACGGAAGAGGCUGCCCGUGAAGCUGCCAGCGUUGACGAAGGUAGUAAGACUGUAGAAGCAGCUGAGACUUCUGGGACAAUGAACGAUUCUAGUGAACACAACGCCACAGAGGGGAAUGAAGAUACCACUUCCGCAGCAGCUUUGGAAUCCGAUGCUUCUGCUGGAGAUGAAGCUGCAGUUGCUGCAACCAAACCGACCGCCGAAUCAGAAGACGAUUUGAAACCAAGAGACACAAACCCUGUAGAAGCAGGAGUCGAUGCUGCAGCGAAAGAAACACCAGUGGGAGAUCCAGUAGCCCAAAUGGCGAGCGAGGCCGUUACGGGUGAGAAGGACGAGUCUAUUCCCGAGGAAACACUAUCGCCGGAGAACGCUGGAGAUAACGAGGAGCCUGUCAAGUCAGAUGAAACAGUACCUGGCGACAAGGAAGGCACCGAUAUAACAACAGCUAUUGAUGUCGAUGAUAAGCCUGUUGAAACGGAAGUUCCAGUGGUUCCUGUUGAUACGGAGAAGUCCUCUGGCGAAAAUGACUCGUCUCCUGAGACGGAAGUUGCCUCGCCGAAUGACAAAGAAACUUCAGUAACAGAAGACAAGCCUCGUGAAGACAACCAAGUGACUGAUGCCAAGCCAUCUGAAGUACUUGGGCUAGAAGCAGAAAUCACUCAGGAUGAACCGUCCAAGGAGGAAAUAUCCAAAGAAGAGGCCUCUAAGGCAACAAAGCCGACAGAAGAUGCAACAGCUGCUGAAGACACAACUGCCACGGCCGCGAAGAAGAACAAGAAGAAAAAGAAGAAGAAAGGCGGGAAAAGUGGCGUCGCAACACCUCAGCCGGAGCCGGAGCCGGAGCCAGAGCCUGCGGUUGAGUCUGCUGCCGCCAAAGCUGAUUCCGUUGAAGCAGGGGUCGGAUCUUCGAAUGAGCCUGCGACUGAGGAGGAUGUAAAGCCUGAGCCGUCUACAGAGCCUGGGUUCGACAGUGUUACUGAGCCCGAAACUGUCAGCAAAGCUGAAGUUGAAUCCCCCAUUGAACCUCAUGAAAUUCCUCAUGAGACCGAGACUGAACCCACAGCCUCUCCAGAAGACUCACUUGAGCUUAUAACUGCCGAUGAUCAAGAGGCAAAUCAUGAAACUAUCGAGGCAGAAGGCAGUGGUGAAACCGAGAUUGUGAAGCCGGCGGAUUCUAGAGAGGAAACGGCCAAUGAGGCUGAGGCAACUGUCGUUGCAACCACAAGUGGCGCUAUCCCGGAAACCACAACAGAACCUACAGGAAAGGGUGAGGAGGCUAUUGAUACGACCGAGAAAGCUGGAACUGAUGUAGAAAACGGCUCCAUGAUCUUGCCUGAAGCUGAAGAUGCCUCUACAAAGGAGAAUCCGCAAAAAGCCGAACUUGAUGCUGAGCCCACAAAAGACGCACCUACAGACGAUCCCAGCAAUAGGGAACUCGACGCCUCAGACACAGAGAGCAAGAAUAGUAAACCGACCGAAAACAGCUCGAUUGAUGAUGAAUCGAAGCCUGAAACUGUGCCUAUUGCCGAAACCACGCCAGCCGAAGCUUCUCAAGACGAAAACUCUGACAAACCUGAGAGCGGUGAGCCAGUUGCUGUUGAUCUCACGACGGGCCAAGCUGAAGUGACACCAGAAAACGGAAGCUCCAGUGAUGAUAUUCCGGAUAGGCAAUUGGAUCCAGCUGAGUCCAAGGCUGGCGAGAUUGGGGAGAUCCAGGAAGAGUCAUCGAAGCCACGGGAAGAAGGGCACGAACAACCUGAUGCUACUACAGAAGAUCCAGAAGAUCCAGAAGAUCCAGAAGAUCCAGAAGAUCCAGAAGAGGCUGCAGAACCCGCAUCAACUGUCAGUCCUGAUACGAAUGCUGUAGUAAAGGACGUUGAGCUUGAAGAUGCAGUUACGGAGGCAAAGGGCGACAGGUCGGCGGAAAAGCGCGAGCCUGAAGCUGCGUCUAAGGAAGCAGACAGCAGUGCUAAUCUUUCCGAAGUGACAACGCAGCCACCUGAGGAUGGCAUGGAUACGAAAAGUGACUUGAUUGCCGAACCCGUUGUGCAAGAGCCAGCGCCAGUCGAAAUGGAUAAGCCAGUGGUGACUGAAGGAGAAGUUAUUGAACCUUUAGCCACAGAGCCGGAGGAUGAAUCUCUUGUUCAAGACACCUCUACCAAGGAAGCCGAUGAACCGGACACUCCCACUGGUGAUGCCACUGAACCACUGCCAGCAGAGAAACCAACAGAUGAUACUGAAAAGGAGUCGUCCGAUGUAGUCGCUGAGAAAGCGCCAAAGACAGCGGAUGAAACGAUUGAAGUGCCUGAGGUCAAUGCAGAAACUCUAGGAGAAAAGUCAGAAGAGCUGAAUCCCCAAGAGGGAAAUACUUCUGAGCCUGCUUCAGAUAGAGAGCCCGAAUUAGAGACGCCCAACGACACUGACGCCAAGGGAGAUCCCGAGGAACAUCACAAGGGUUCUAGCGCUCCUAGCAUAUGCGAUUUUGUUGAGGCGAAGGCUGAAGUCAACAUUGAGGACGGCGAAACCCGGAGCCUUGAGGCAGAGAUUACUCCAAAGGAAGAUGUCGACGAAGUCACACAAGAGAUAUCCACAAGUGGUACUGAAGCUACUAAAGAGGCGGAGGGCAUCAGCGAAAGUGUACCCAACGAAAACGACAACGAGACUCGAAUACAAGCAAUCCCAGCAGAAGACGACACGGCAUCAGUCGAAAACACCUCGAUCUCCAAGGAAGAGCCAUUAGCAUCUGAAAACCCGGUUCCUGAAGAGAGGACCAAUCCGGUUGAAGAGAUAUCAGGUACAAACGAGAAGGUAGAGAAUGAAUCAACGCCCUCCGUCGGCAACUCAGACCAAGAUGAAUCUGCUUCGAACGACAAAGAACAGGAUGCGUCACAACCUUCACAACAUGCAGCUGAUGAUACCAAUGUCUCCGAGAACGAUCCCAAGGAGGGCACAAUUGCAGCUGGUAAGACAGGAACAACAGAUGAGAAUGUGCCAAAUCAACUAGAAGAAGGAGAAGACAGGACCCCUGAAGAAACACCAGGUGUAGGAACACUUGCAAACGGCCACGGAACAGAGGGGGCCUCUGAAGCUUCUGACAAGAAGGAAGCGGAAACAGAAACAGGGCAUGAGGCGCUUGAGUCGGUCAGAGUGGAGAACAACGCAAUAAUUGAGGGAGAACAUCCUGAGGAGGCAACUGAAGCUGCUGUUGGUCACAAUGACAAGGACAACUCCUCAGAUACUGCGGCCGAUCUACCGAAUGAGGCACCCGACGAUAAGCCUGUGGAACCAGCGAUGGAUGCAGUUACUCAAAACUCUGAAGAGGAACCAGGAGUAAGCGCCCCGGAGGCUGAAGACGGAACCAAGGAGGAAACCAAUCAUGCUGGAGAGGUGUCAGCUGUAGAUACCCUUACUACUGACGACAAACCAGUGGAAGCGGCGGAAGCAGUCGGCAAUGAAACUUUAGACCAAAAGUCAGAAGAAAAAGCUGACCCCUCCGAUACCAAGUUGGCCGCAGAAGUAUCUAUUGGUGACGAGCCCAAGGAAGAGUCCGCUAAGGAGAUGCCAGCGGAGGAGUCUACUGCUGUUGUUGAAUCUCGAGAAGCCGAGCCAGUUACAGAAUCUUCUUCCCGGGAGAGUAAGGCAGAGGCGGAAGCGGGGGUGGAGGGUGAGAUCAAGCCGGCCGAAGAGAAAGCAGUAUCUGAAGAUCAACGGGCCGAGGAGGCCCUGGCAGCUCAUGACGAGCCAGAGAAAGGCUCUGAAACCGCUGACAGCAAACCAGAGGAAAAGGCUACACCUGUCGAGGACAAGCAACUUGAAGACCCCUCAGCCCUUGAAGAAAAGCCUGACCAAGAUGGCAAAACAUCAGAAGAACAUCCCGCAGCCGCAGCCGCAGCUGAAGACGACCCCAAACAGGCAACACCCGCAGAUGCGCAGGAAGACACCAACCAGAUUACCGACGGUGGAACUGUCGAAGAGCCUCCCAAGCCAGAGGAUACAGCUGCGCCGGAGGCGAUAACGACCCAAGAACAAAUACCUGCAGCAACCGGGGAUGCAGUUUUAAGUGAUAGCAAGCCAGCUGACGACUCCAAGGUCUCUCAGGAUGAGAUGAAACCGGAAACACAAGAGCCUCUUGCACCAGAGGGGGAAGCUAGGGCUGCUGAAGAAGUGACUCCAGAAACCGAAGACGUCACGGCCAAAUCACCAGAUGAGCCUAUUGACGAGCCUCCUGCCGAAGCAGAAAAGAAGGGACACCAGCCAGUCAAGGACACAGACGAGGUAGAGGCCAAGGCUAAGGAAGAUGAAGAAAGCAAAGACACCCUUGGACCAAUUCCAAGUAACAAGAGACAGGCUAAAAAAGGUGAGGAACAUGGUUCAUUACACGAUACCCCUAUUGAUUUUGCACAACACUUGGGAGGUUUCACAGAGUUGAAUGAAGAGGGGGGCAAUGGCGUUUUGGAGUUUGAUUCAGACGAUACCCAGCAUCAUCAACGGAUUCCACACAGCGAGGAAAAUACAGCACUCGAAAUAGUCACUCACCACCCGAGCCAGCUCUCGGUAGCUGUAGCACUGGGCGACCAGAAUGACCAAACUCUUGCAGAAACCACGAUGCCAGGGCCACAAGAUCCUAGCUCGGGCGAAAAAAGGAGCAAUGCAGCAGCGGAAGAUAACUCCGCACCCCUAGAAUCGAAGGUCGAACUUCUAGAUGAUGUCCAACAGAAGUCGAUCUCAGGAUAUGGACAUGUGCCUCAACCAGGUCUGACGCCUCUGUCUACGCCUAUUGACCUGGACGAUACCGAUGAUACCGGUCUGGCCACGAGUCCCCCAGCCACCGAAGCUCAUGACAGCACUAAAAUCUCCGCACCAUAUGCUCCACACGAACAGGGCCUUACAGACCAAUCACAGGGCGCCGUUCAGGGAUUUGCUACUGAAGGACCUGUAAAUAUCAGCCUCUAUGACCCAAUUUCGAUUGCCGAGCCCCAGCCUCAGCAGCAUGGGACUGAGAGCGAGACGCAUGUCGACGAACCACACUCAAAGCCAGCCCAGGACGCUCAUGAUGAAAAUGAGAAAUCUAGGAGAAUGGAAACAGACCUGCCAUCCGUAGUUGCACGCAGCACAUCCCCGGCAGCUUCGGUAAUCUCUGAUGAGGAUUCAGAAACUCCUGUGCCAUUACUCACCGCCGCCGAUGAACCUCUCGAUGCUUCAGACCCUGCCAGCCUCGUCGAAGCAGAAAGCGAUAAAUCAUCACCGGGGCUGCUACAACCAGUCCCUACGCCAGAACCAUCUUCUCAUGAGCCCAAAAUUCUGGAAACUGACUUUGACAACGUGUUGCGAACGUCACGAGAGUUGACUCAAGACACGGCUAUGCGGCGUGCAGAGCCAGGAGGGCAAGAGGAAGAAGAAUCAGACAUUUCAGAGGCUGAAUCGGUGGGCGGCGAUGUUUCGAACCCGGAGGAACAAAUUCAAAAACUUACAACUCCAAGUCACGUCCAAGAAUUAGAGCCAUCAGAGCCAGCCAAGCCCACCGAAGCUCAAGAAAAUGCCAUAAUCGUGGGCGAUGCCACACAGCCCAGCAAACGUGGCCUGACGGAGGAAACAGCCAUUGGAGAGCUCGAAGAUUCUGAUUCUAUCGCACGCGCCAGUUCACCAGAUGAAGUUAUUGGUUUCAAGUCUGGACCUGGAGACCGGCCAUCUGCUUCCACGGACGCUCAACCUGUUGAUAUUUCUCAGAAAGCCAUAGCUUCAGACGAAGAUUCAGAUGAUGAAGACAGUAGCCUCGACCAACAGAGUGUUACUUCCAGACCCAAAUCAACCGACCAGGUAAUCUCCCUAGAGGGUCACCAUGAUCGACAAGUUCAGGCUGAGCCGGUUUCUCUCGGGGCAGAUGAACCGGCUGCUGCCUUGCACUUGGAAUCAAUCGAAUUGGAAGACGCUGCCAAAGAGAUCAGUGAUCUUGAGGACUUUGGUUCCGAGGAUGACUCAGAGGAUGAUGAUUCUGAAGCCAGCCGUCAAUCGGAACCUCAGUCAGCAACUGGUAUUAGUUUGCCGGGUAAAUCUGUUCGGGAACUGAAUGAGCCUGCUAUCGGAAGACAGCCAAUCCCACCAGUCUUGGUUUCAUCCAAUCCCAUCAGGGAGGAUAUCUCUGAUUCUGACGAAAAUGAAACCGAACCAGAGCACGACUCACCGAGCUUGAGAGCCCAAGAUGGUCCUAGAGAGGACCUACUUGUGGGAGCCCAGGCGCUUGCUCUUGGUGAUGACGACGAGGGCGAGGACACGAAUGAUGAUGGUGACGAGUCUGAUGUAGACCAAACUCAUAUUGUCCACAAAGCCAACUCGCCAGAACUGGAACCAAGCUCUGUGUUGCAAACCACUGGUGCUCGACGUGGCUCGCCUUUUAAUGAUGAUGAACCAUCUGGGCCGCUUGAACCUACAGAUCUAAACCUUGCAGUCGUUGAUGAGCAGCCCAAAGCCAGUCCAGAUCGUGCAACAGACCAAUCUGAGGAGCUGGACCCUUCUGAUUCUACUUCAUCACUGUCGACGGCUACAGAUAUUAAAAAAAGAGUGGUUUCUUCUGCUCAGCACAACUCUCCACACCAUGGUCUUCCGCACCCGGAACCUGAGACCGCCAUUCCAGAGCUAGCUAUUACUGCCCAAAGAGAGGCAUCAUCUGGAGCCAAAUCAUCUGUCAAUCUCGCCAGGUCCUCUUCACCUGGGUCUGUGGAUGAGGAGCGGCUCGAUAGUACCGCACUCCCGCAUAGACCGCUUGAACACUCUGAUGCCGACAGCGAAUCCGAGGUAGAAGGGACAGAAAACGAAGUCAAAACUGAACCACCGCCCUUACCACGGAUAGCGUCCAGCAAAGACGAUUCCCAUUUUGCUACUGGUGAUGAACAGAAACACGGCGGAAUACCUGCUGCUGUUGUAUCUGCCGUACAGCCAAACCACGGCCAUCUUGACUCCGAGAAGAUGUUAGAGACUCCUACUACAGCCCCAAAUCGUGGGCUUCAGGAUAAGCACGAAUCCUUGGGAAGAGUGUUCGGUGUCGAGCUGCCAGCCGCUUCUGACGAUGGACUUCAAAUCGAAAGCAGAUCUGUCACCAGUUCCAAAGAUGACGAAAUAGAUCGACAGGCGACUGCGACAGCUGCCACUGAUGAUGAGAGUGACGAUGACCUACCUGUCUCUAGAGAAAUCUCCCCCAUUGGCAUCGACAGAAUCUCUGCACCGCACCAGCCUGAAGCAGAAACAAACCAAGACAAGAAUGCUAGAGUGGAUGGUACUGAUACUGAAGUAAUGCCGCCACAAGAGACCGGAACUAUCGGGACUCGAAGCACCACUCCUGAAAUCCCUGAGUGGCCUGAUGAUAAACUUGAGGGCGAUCGACCAGUGCACGGUACUGAAUCUCAGAGGCGGCCGGCUCUCAGUUAUGCAACUUCAUCAGGGGCAAGGAGGGGAGUUGAAGAUGAAUUCAGGGCUUUGAGCGAGAGAAGUCAAGAUGAAGAGCCUAAUCAUGACCAUACGAUAUUCGCUGGCCUUCGAGACGAACGUUUGCCAUCAGCGGAGGGCCCGAAUCAAGACUUGUCUGACCACAUGUUGCACGAAGUCAAGACUCCUGAUACGGAUGACACUCAAGGUUCUGAGCCAAAGCCCGUGCAAGCCGCCGAGGUGAAGCCUCUCGAACUCGUCCGACCUGAACACAUGGCUGUCAAGGUUGUUGAUAUCCCUUCGCGUGAUAAAGGCAAAGCAGUUGCUACUAUACCAGAGAGUCCAAAGAGGUCUAGCUCUACUUCACGAUCGACGCGUCUGUCCCGCGCGGAGCCGCCUCGGACAUUCCUGACACAACAGCAGCGGCCACGAAGAUCGCUUAGGGUUCGUCCCGUGACAGAAGUUUACACCAAGGAUCCCAUCUUCAUCCCUGCCGCGAGCCGCCCAGUAGACACCAAGCCUAUUCAGCGGUCUCAGCCUCCUCUUGCUGAAAGCGAACCGGCCAAGGUGCCAGUUCGUCCGCCGCUAGCGCAUCGAUCCUUGGAGUUGCACGACGAUCCUUCAGCGAUGGCAGGUCGGAGUGAAAAGGCCCCCCGACCUCGUUCUUUUCAGGCCGAAGGCAAGUCGUCCACGGGCUAUGUGAGGCACGAUCUCAGGCAUCCUGCAGUCACGAUUGAAGAGGGGCUCCGAGAUGCUGCAUAUCGAGCUGCCCCCUCAGCUGGCUCCACUGUUGAGACUGAAGUCCAGAGAUCGCCGAGUCCUGGCAUCGUGAUUCCAGAUGCAGAUAUGAUUGAUCUACAGCGAGCCCGUACCUUAAGGCGUACACGAAAGACCUCAAUUCGACGUGCUGAGGACACGCUGGCCGCCGCCGUGGUCAUAUAUGCUACUGCCGAGGCCCUCAGUCCUCCCGGCAGCCCUUCGCCUUUCACUUACCACAGAAACGGAGGACUUCCUAACCUGGAGCAUCAAAUGGAUGCAGAGCCCAAUGAUUACAAUUUUCCAGCUGUUUCUCCUUCUUUGAGGAGCUUUGAUGAUGAUAUCGAAGAACUUCACAAGUCUAAUGCUGACUUGUUUGCAGACGAUAGGAGCAGAGAAUCUGACUCGUCGCGAAGCGAUAGAGACAGAGAUAGACAUCGUAGGCGCCGACAUUCUCAUCACUCGAAUCGCUCCGGCGGAAGCCGUGGUGAGGAGGAUAGGGAGCGCAGGUACCGUGGCGACGACGAGAGGCGAGCUCAUCGGCCUCGAGAGGAAGACGAGGGCCGCCAUCGCCGACUGUCUCACCGCGAAGGCGAGUCUCGAUAUCGACGCCAUCGUGAAGAAGAUGAAACGCAAGCUCGCGACUCACGUGGUGAGGCUGAUGCUAGACCCAGGAGCUCUCGCGGUCCCGAAGAGCCAAGAACCAGAGGUUAUCGCCGAGACGAGGACUCACGGCCACGUGAAUCUCGGAGAGCCGAAGAACCAGCUUCACGUGCCCCGCCCCAGGAGGAUGAGGGCCGAGAGCGCAGACGACGAUCAUCUGGUACUCAUCCUUAUCGACGCCAUCGAUCCGAUACGGUCGAAUCGGGUCCUCCAGGCACCCCACCUAGAACACCACGACGAGACAGUGGUUUUUCUGCUGACAAUAGUUCUGGAAGCUCUGGCCGCAAACGUCGGACCCCUGAGGAACAAGCUGCCCACGACAAACGCAAAGCAGAAAGGGCAGAACGGCGAGCACGAGAGGAAGCUAGCACAAGGCGUGAACCCUCAGGAUAUCGAGAGGAAAAGGAGAGCAAGGGGAAAGAGCCUGUUCGUGAACAAGAACCAAAACCAGAACCAGAACCAGAGCCUCAGCCGUUGCAUGAGCCCGAGCCGGAUCGACGACAUCGCCGCUCGCGCCGGCAUAGCCAUUCCGAGAGACCUCGAUAUGAAGAGCCUAGGGAACGUCCUCGAGAGGAACCCAUCACGCCCGCUCCCGUGCCUGAAAAGAAGUUCUUUGCCGUCAAGAACUCAGAGGGUAUCAUGGGCAGUACCACACCGCCACGUGAGGAGCCUGUGAUCGCCGAACCUGUCAGGGAUCGAACGAGGGAGGCCCCGCCGGAGGACUCACCUAAACGGCCCUCGACACGUCAUAGACGCACUCGCCCUUCUACCGAUGAACCCCGUCCUCGGUCCUCGCGCCGCCCUCGUGAGGAACCUGCCCCUGAGCCAACUCGAGACAGGGACAGGGAACGGGAGAGAAACAGGGAGAAUAGUAAGACGAGAGAUAGGGACAGAGACAGAGAACAGGAGCCUCGACCUGUCAAGCACGUCAGGAUGGACACGGAGGACUCUCGACGCAAAGCACGCCACGAAGAACGACGGAGAGCGCAGAUGAGGGAGGAAGAUAAGAAGCCAUCGGGCAUCAAAGGUGCAUUCAAGAAGCUGUUUAGCAAGUCCUGA